AUGUUUGCAAAGAGAAAUUCUAUUCCUAAUAUGUUCAUGCUGGAUAGCACAGGAAAGGAACAGAACUUGAAUGGAGUACUAAAUAUAUUAUCCGUAGCACCACAUGCUGUAUGGGGAAUAACUUCUUCAUUUCGAUUGUAUGUCGUAGGUAGGUUUCUCCAUAGUUAAUGAAAUAUAUGUUUUGGGGAAUUCGUUGGUUUAUGUUCGCUUUGAUAUAUGUAAAAAAAAUAUGGUAAUUCCUUACAGUUAUCGUACGUAUUGUAUUUCCAGAAUUUCAAAUAAUACAAAAAAAUCAUUAGAAGGAAUUAACUAAUUAGAGCAAAUUAAGAGGCAAUUUUUUUUAAUUUUGUGUAUUUGCGAUGAAAAGUGUUCAAAAACAAAAAUCGUUUCGGCGUUCCUCUCAAAAUUACUUUGUUUUGCUUUAUUUUGUAGUUUAAUUAAACAGUUAGCAACAUUUUUAAAUGCAUCUGGCGAUUGAAAAACAGAAAAUAAUAGUUAAUUAUUGUCAAUUAAAAAACUCAUUAAUAAUUUAUGAGGAAAAUACAAAAGAAAUGAUUGUUUAAUCGAUGUUUGCAAAUCGAAUACAGAAGUUCAUCAAACGGGGAAAGAUGUAGUCUACAGUAGUCAUUAGUUUUACGCGCGUGUUAUGUCAUAUAUACAAAAGAUUCUCUGAAUUAGAACAAAUUAAUCAAUUUAAAGUCAGGUAACUUUUUAAAGCGCGGUUCCCAUGUUUGUUGUAAAUAUUCACAAUUACGUCGGUCAACUUGGACAUUACGUUGCAUUGCAUGUGUUACGUUGGUCAAGUUGCUUACCUCGUUGUUGACAUGUUGUUGCCAAGCGGUGAGAUAGUACGCUUGUAGGCCUAAGGUCAAUGCAGAGUUUGUACAAUGAACUUUUUUCAUUCUAGAACAGGAAUACUUAGCGUUUGGUAGUGACCAUGUUCCCUGGACAAAAGUUGGUAAUGGUUAUAAAUUUCUUGACUUCUCGGUGCCACGAAAAGGGUUCGUUGUCAAAACAAACGAAACAUUUUGUGUUAGGCUAGGAAUUACAGAGAAUAAUCCAAUAGGCGAGGAUUGGUCAUGUCAGGUAUCGUCUGAAACUAUUCAACAUUUGUCCUGUGGCGUAACUGGAUGCUUUGCAAUCAUUGGUGGUAUACUUCAUUUUAGACAAGGCAUAACGGAUUCUGAUCCCCUUGGACAGGUAUGA